AGGACUUUUAUUUUGGUGUGGUAACAUGAUGUCAUAAGCCUGCUCCUGCUCUUGUUGUGAUUCGGCUGAAGAAAGAAAAACUCCUGGUGAAGCGACUGAGAUCCUCAUGACACACUAUUAUCAAGAUGGCGUUCAUUAAAGUGGAGAGUGAAGACAUGAAGAUUGAAGAAACAUUCAUUGUGAAACAUGAAGACUUGAGGAUUGAAGGAACAUUCAGCAUGAAACAGGAAGAUACUGAGGAAGAAACAGUUUGUUCUGGCGUGUGGCAUAAGUAUUGUCUCAAGCAAGCGUCACCUGAGGAUAAACCUGAUUUCAGCUCAGAAGCUGAUAAUGAAUCAGAUGAGGACAUGCAUGAAGAUAAGGAUAAUGUACUAGACAGUGACUCUGAAUCAGAUUUGGAUACAAGUUCUGUGGUUGGCUCUAGUCUGUCCCAGGGUCCCCUCUCAGGGAAUAUUGAAGUAUUUCAUACUAGAAAAAAAAACACAACUGAUGAAGCAACAGAAGACAAAGCAGGUGUUAAAGGAAUAAACUACUGUUACGUUUGUCAGAAACCUCAGUCUAAAAUUGCCAGACAUCUGGAGACACACAAGACAGAAGCAGAGGUGAUGGAGGCUCUCAGUUAUCCAAAACGCUCAGAAAAAAGACGACUACUUCUGGAGAAGUUACGAAAUCGUGGUAACUUUCAGCACAAUUUAGGUGUUCUCAAAAAUGGAACAGGGCAAAUCAAACUAAAAAGAACUUCUAAGCAGUCUAAAUUUAUUCAUUGUGUCUAUUGCAAAGGAAUGUUUUCCCGCAGUGAACUGUGGCGACACUCUCGCAGAUGCCACUUCGUGCCAGAACGGCCUUCUGGUGAGUCUAAAAAGGCCAAUGUCUUGGGCUUGGCCACAACUGCUCAGUCUGUGUUCUCUGAAAGCAUCUCUCAAGGGAUUUUGAAGCUUGUCGACCCAAUCAGACAGGAUGAUUUAAGAACAGUUGUUCGCAAUGACUUUGGCAUUUUGCAGCUGGCACAAACUCUGUUCAAGAAGCAUGGAGCUGACACUACAAAACAUGACUAUAUUCGUCAGAAGUUAAGGGAACUUGCACGGUUGUUGUUGGUUUUGCGUGGUGAUUCUAUAUACACCAUUGAAGAUGCUGUCAUGCCUGGAAAUUUUCACAAAGUUGUCAAAGCUGUGAAAAAAGUGUCUGGUUUUGAUGAAGAAAACAACUCUUACACAGCACCGAGUCUUGCUCUAAAAAUAGGGCAUUCUCUGAUGAAAAUAGCUGACAUAAUUCACUGUAGGGCUUUGAUGACAGAAAAUGAGGACUUGAUCAAAUCAAUCGAAGCUUUCAAGUCACUGUACUCCACAAAGUGGUGUGAGCUUGUGUCACACUCUGCCCUGAACACACUGAAGAAAUUCAACAAACCAUCGACCUUGCCUUUUACCCAGGAUGUACAACUUCUUCACACUCACCUUGAAAAGGCUGCAAAGGCUGCCUUUGACAAAUUGAAGAAAGAAGCAUCUCCCCAAAGUUAUGCUGACCUUGCAACAGCCACUCUUGCUCAGGCUAUAGUUUUUAAUCGAAGGCAUGCAGAGGAGGUGUCCAAAAUGUGCUUGAAGAACUUCUAUGAAAGAGACAAAAGCCCACUCCAUGUUGAUGUGUCUUCGGGAUUAACCAAGUUUGAAAAGAAGCUCUGUGAGCACUUCAGUCGGGUGGAAAUCAUGGAUGAAAGUGGACGAGAAGUUGCAGUCCUCCUAACACCAGACAUGGAGGACUCCCUGAAUCUGUUACUCGUCAGAAGAGUGGAAUGUGGUGUGCAGGAUACCAAUAUCUAUCUCUUCGCUAGACCAGAAUGUUCAAGUUACUACAGUGGUCAAGCCAGCUUGAGACUUCAUGCAGAAAAGUGUGGAGCCAAAAACCCAGAAUAUCUAUGCACAACCCAGCUUAGGAAACAUAUUGCAACCCUUUCACAAAUUUUAAACCUCAAAGACAACGUGUUGGACCAGGUGGCUGACUUUCUGGGACAUGAUAUACGUGUCCACCGUGAUCCCUACAGACUGCCUGAGGCGACAAUUCGGCUCGCGAAAAUCUCAAAACUACUUUUAGCAAUGGACAAAGGUUGUCUUGGAAGCAUUCAGGGAAAGUCACUUGAUGAGAUUCAAAUUGAAGAUGAGAUCCAGUUGACUGAUACUGAAGAUGACGAAGCAGAUGAUGAACCUGCUGGCACCAGUUCAUUUGGCAGACAAAAAGAAGUGUCAACAAAAGAAGCCUGCCAGAAUGGAGAAACUGAAAAUGUUGAACAUCGUGGGACUACCAACAGGAAGAAACGAAUGUGGUCAAAAGCAGAAGUUGCUGCCGUGAUUCGGCAUUUUAAAGUCCACAUAGCCAAAGGACAUUUGGCCACAAUAUCAGAGUGUCUUAAGUGCAAAUCUGCAGAAGAGCCUGUGCUACAAAACCGGUCAGCCCAAAACAUCAGGGAUUUUGUGAGAAACAGAGGUGUAGCAGCCAAAAGGAGUCAGUAUUAAAGUGCUGUUUGUACCACCAACUACUAAGCUGUCCAUGUUCAUGAAAUGCAGCCAUAAAAUUUGAAUUGCCGUUGGUUUCUUUCCAGCCUAGUCUUCAAGAACUCUUGUUGUAAAUAUUUUUGUAAGACUGUUUAAGUAAAUGUUGCCUCGUUGCCGUCUUCUGGGUUAUAUGCACGUAUUCCAGUUUCUGUAUUCAACGUAGCUGCUUUUUUUUUUUUUUUAAAGGGAUAGUUCACCCAGAAAUGAACAUUUUAUUACUUGCCCUCAAGUUCUUCCAAAGAUGAAAAAUAACCGGUACAAAUACUCCUUUGUUCCCUGUGCAAUUUGAUUGUUAAACGGUUUUAAAGGAAUUUAUAUUUAGAAUGUAUGAUAUACUUUUUGUAUUUUUAUUAUUUUCAAGAAAAAUUGUAUGUCUCAGUUGUGUGUCUAUUGUACUACAUCCAAAUUGCCUGUAAGAAAUCUUAAUAAAGCUUGAUCUUGUAUGGAUUUUCGAAUUCACACUUGCAAAGUGUCAAAGAAAAAGCAGCUGUACCUUGUGUCAUCUCCUCAUUUAGACAUUAAAGGCUUCAUUUUAGUUGAA